AUGGACAUUUUUUGUGCUAAAAAAAUAUUAUCAUUAUUCCGUAAUGAACACGAAUAUCUGAUUGAUAUUAAUAAAAUUAUCAAAGAAUUAGCUUUACCACCAAUACUGGUCAAAAAUUGUCUUCACGAAAUGGCUUCAUUAUACGAGCUCACACCGAGGGGUGAUCAAGUUAAAUUUAAUCCACAACUAUCGUUAUGUGAUAAUUAUCAACGAACUGGACGUUGUAGAAACCAAGAAUGCCUUGCAUUACACAUCUGCAAAAACUAUUUAUUGUAUAAUGAAUGUGACGAAUUUCGCCGAAAUGGUCACUGUACAUACUGUCACUCGUUGGAUAACACACAUAAUCAAUCAGUUUUAGAACAUUUUAAAUUAAAACCCGAUUUUGAUUUCGUUUCAUCGUUACUCAGUUUUAAAGAAAAUAAAGUCUACGAUAAAAAUCAAAUACUGGUGGAUGAUCUGUCAUCACAAAAUAAUCAAGAAAAAGAAGAAGAGAAAGAAAAAACUACAGUAUUGAUAUUAAAAUCAAAAGAUAAUCAAACAGAAUUAACAGAUCAACUACUUGAUCAGGUAUUCACAAAUUAUAAAAAGUAUAUUGUACAAAAAAUUGUCAAAGAUAAAACAACAGUGGAAAUAGAAUGGGAAGAUGCUGAAGUGUGUGAUCUAAUAAAACAAUACAUUCAAGAUCGUCACGGUCAGAUAAUUGAUGUCGAGGAAAAACCAGUCACAUCUCUACCUCAAAAUGAGCCACAACAAAAUACCUUGCCAUUAUCAGAUCAACAAGAACAUUGUAGUAGGAAAAGAACGUCAUCAGAUUAUACAGAUAUGGAUACAAAAAAAGAUCAAGAGCAAACAGAGCAGAAUAAUAUACGAGAUUCUAACCAAAAUGAAGUUCAAUCAACUUUACAACUGUUCAAUUCAGCGUUUUCUCCAUUAAAAAAUUCAUUUGACGGAUCGUUACCAUCGUCCAUGCAACCAGAACUUCAAUCUACUGUGGUUAAUGAACCAUUGUCAUCUCAUCAAGAAUCACCCACUACAGUAAAUGUAUUUUCACAACGUUUUGCUUCCAUGUCAACUCAACGAUCUUACAGUGGCCGAGGUCGUGGGAGAACAGUAGGAUGUCCUCCAUCACCAUCUGUUACUCAAAUGCAUAAAGAAUCACCACCAACAACUAAGGAACAAAUAUUAGUCACAAGCACAUUUCAACCUGAAAGCUUUUCAUCGAGAUUAAAGCCAUCGACAGCAAUUCCAAAACAACAACAACCAUCGACAGCUUCCUCGCUGCAAAAUAAAACUUUACUUACACCCGUCGCUCUGCAGACACAAAUUUCUUCUGUAGAACAACAAGACUUGGAGUCUGAAACUUCCAUUUCAACAACAAGUAAUGAUGAAAAUACGGCAAGCACUACAUCAGAAUUUUCAAGAUCAAAAGAAGAGUCCACAGACAUGAAUGAUCAACAGCAAGAACAAUUUCCAAAUUGCUUUGGUAAACCACAACAGCAGACAGAGAAUAAAUCGACUGCUGAAUGUUUACAAAAUAAAGUAUCACCAGUGUCCGGAGGUUUUUCGCAACGAUAUAUCCCAGUAAUCAAUAACAGUCAACCGGUACUUGUACCAAUGAAUGAUAUAAAAUCUUCUCUAACUCCACAUUCAAGACGUUUAAGUGUAAAUGAAUCAAAAACAUCAAAGACCGACUCUUCAUCAUCAGUAACAUUUUCACAGCGAACUGUUUCUUCACAAAAGCAUACCGAUCAACAAGAAUUAACAAACCAGUCAUUUUCUCCACAAAUCCCACAUUGUGAUGUUGACGAUGGAUCAUCAACAACUUUAAAAAAUUAUUCAUUGCGAUCCACACCCGUAUCUGGCCUUGGCCGCGGAAGAUCUUUUCAACAAUAUGUUCAAUCCGACAAUCACGUUCAUCGAUCAUCGCCGAAAGAUAUAUUAAAUAAUGAAUUACCAAUCUCCGAUGUAGUUGAAAAUACAGCAAGAAAUGAUCAUUCACCACCAGUUCAGUCUCAACCGGCAAUAGACAUUUAUUCAGAUCAGAGCUUUUCAUCACAAUCGGUCUCGACAACAAAUAUCCAAGAACAUAUCCAAUCGUCGUCGUCAACUAUAACACCAUCAUUUCAAUCAGAAACAAAACCUACGAACAAUGCUUCAUCUCCAUCGCCGGACGUACAUACACCGCCCCCGGUUACAACAGCUACACAAGAAGAAUCUUUGCAACAUGGCCUGUCACCGAUAUCAGUAACGUCUCCAAUAGUCAAUAAUAGUAAGAAUAAUGAUAUAAAAAAAAACUCACUUUCGAUAAUAUCAACUGUUGUAGAUGGUAAUAGCGGACUUUCUCGACGCAAUCAACCCGUAUUACGUAUGAAUCGCAGUCGUGCUGGAGGCACCGGAUUAUCAACAGUUGGUCGGACUACAACUCCAACAAUAGCUAAAGAUGAUGAACAACAGUAUGUGUCUUCCAAAUCGACAGGUUUAACCACAAAUCCUGUUUCUAAUUUACGGUCAACAAUAUGUCAAUUGAAAUCAAUUAGUGAUGAUAAUCUUUGUUAUCUGUUGGGCCCUGGUCGCGAAUCUCUAAAAAAAAUAGAAUCGCAAUAUGGAAAUAAUGUUGAAAUCUAUUCGCAUUUGCCAAAUGGUUGUUUUCUUGCACCCGAUCAUUUACAUGCCACAAUAACGCAACAAAUCAAAACUCUUAUACCUGAAUACUUGAGUAUCGAAAUUGUAAAAAUGAAUCCAAAUCAAGACUAUGAAUUGUUUUUACUGUUACAAACAUCACACGCCGAGCAAAUUCUUCAAGCACAUCAGAAAGAAUUUGCAAUUAUAACAGAAACAUUCUCCAAAGUAGAGAUUCAAAUUGAAGUUACACAAUCAAAUGUGAAGAAUCCUCAAUCAUCCACCGCAUCAGCCACCUGUUUACUGUAUCCUAAUGAUGGUAAAUUUCAUAUUCAAAAAACUCAUUCAUCAAUCGAUGUUAUUCUUAAUGAUAUUAGUCAAGUAUCAGCUGAUGCUCUUGUUUGCAUAACAACAAGUGAAAAUAUUUUGAAGUCUGUGUUAGCUCAAGCCGGUAAAGAUAUCUCUGACCAAUAUCAUCAGUCGUAUAAAUCUGAUCAAGUACUCAUAUUAAAUGGGGGAAAAACAAAAGCACAAAAAAUUAUAUUUAUUGAUUGGAAAAAAACAACAUCGAAAAUGUCCGACACUGAAAUACAAGAGUCGUUAGCAACAGUCGUUCAAUUUUGUCUUGAUACAGCACGAGAACGUGAUAUAAAAUCAAUUGUAUUUCCACCCAUUGGUACUGGCUCUAUUGGAUGUGAUUCAUUUUUAGUUGCUGAAGCAAUGAUCGGUGCAGCCAGUGAACGUUUACAUAAAUAUGAAAUGAAUGUGAUAUAUGCCAUUUAUACAAAGCCACAAGAUAAAUAUCCAGAAAAUGAUCCAUGUUAUCAAAUAUUUCGUUCCUAUUUGAAUAGUUUAAUUGAGCAAAUUCGAAUGGACAUAGAACGAGAACAAAAACAUCGAAUAAUUCCCGCUAGUCGAAAUCAAUCGUCAAUAUCUUCGGUAUCUCAAAAAAUUAGUCGUAAAAUAACAUCUAAACGUAUUAUUACAUUAUCAAAUACGUCGGUCGAGAAACGCCAUCAAUCAUUGAUAGUCGAAUUAAAACGGGCAAUUAUUGAAAAAUCAAUCGACAUAGAUUCAAUACAAUAUGCAGAUGAUUCUAAUCAAUUAAUUGAUUUUUGUUUGAACUAUUUCGUGUUACCGCGUUUGGAUUAUUCAUCAAGAAAAUUAAUUAUCCGUGGUGAUUCUGAAUCAUGUUUACAAUGUUUAUCAAAUCUAAUAUUACUCAAACAGAAAACACAGCUCCCUAACAAAUGGCAUUAUAUUGAUAAAGAUUUGACAGAAAAAUUACAUAAUCAUGAAUUUAGUCAAUUUAUUAGUAUAAAAAUGGAAGAAUUCGCUUUAUGUGGAGAACAAACUGUUCAACUGGAAGAUGAUGAUGCUCAAUACGAUGUUGAUUUUACUAAAAAACAAGUUCGAAUAAAUGGAGGAAAAUUAGGAAUGAUUGUUCAUACACAAUUAACAAUUCCUCAAUCAUUUUCAUCACCAGGCACUUGGAUUAUUGACAAAAAUAAUCGUUAUUGUACAAGAAAAAUUCUAUUAGGACUAGAUAGAAAUGAUGCGAAAGAAUGCAUCCAACACUUUCAAAAAACAAUGGAUAAAUCUCUAUGGACUGUGACUAAAGUGUAUUUAAUUCAAAAUUGGCCAUGUUAUAUCUCAUAUUUUAAUUACUGUUUUGAUAAUCAACAGACUCCCGAAUUGUCUAUAGAUCAUUAUCUAUUUCAUGGUAGUUAUUUAGAAUCGGUACAGACUAUAAUUUAUUACGGAUUUAAUCCAUUUUAUAUUACAAAAUAUGGCAAGAAACAACUGGGUAAAGGUGUUUGUUUUACAAGUGAUGCAUAUACAAGUCAUCUAUAUGGUACACGUCGUUCGUGUGAUGAGGGUCAACAUUAUAUGUUUCUGGCUAGUGUGAUGAUCGUACCAUCAGUGGAUAAACAUGAUCAAAUUUACUCAAUAACAAAUGAGUAUCAAACAUAUCCAAGAUAUUUAUUAGUCUAUUCGAAAAAAAUAUCAAAUGACAAAUGA